CAGACUGUGCAGAAGGCUGCUGCAGGGGAAGUGUAGAGGAGUCUCGACAUGUAUUGUCACGUAACUCGACCUGAUUCAGUCGUUAUGGAGGUGGAGGUUGAUCCCAAAGCAAAUGGAGAGGACUGUCUCAAUAAGGUGUGUGAGAGACUGGGGAUCAUCGAGGUGGACUAUUUUGGACUGCAGUUCACUGGGAGUAAAGGAGAGAGCCUUUGGUUAAAUCUAAGAAACCGAAUCUGUCAGCAAGUGGACAACGUGUCCCCGUGCAGACUGAAGCUGCGUGUGAAGUUCUUUGUAGAGCCCCACCUCAUCCUGCAAGAGCAAACAAGGCAUUUGUUCCUGAUGCAUGUGAAGGAGGACCUCGUGCGAGGAAGCCUGAGCUUGGACUCGGAGCAGGUGGUAGAACUUUGUGCCCUUUUGUCCCAGGCAGAAUUCGGCGAUUACAAUCAGAACACAGCCAAGUAUUUCUAUACGCAGAUCUGUGGACAGGAAUCGGACCCGAGCACCAUGAACAGCAUCGUUGCAAGGCACAAAGAGCUCCGUGGUAGGAAUCGGGCUUCAGCCGAGUACCAAGCCCUGCAGUUAGUGUCCUCUCUGGAGAACUAUGGCGUGGAGUGGCACUGGGCACUGGAUGCUGACGGGCAUAAAGUGGGCAUUGGGGUUGGACCUGAGGGGCUGUUCAUCUGCAAACAGGAUUUCACACCUGUUCACAGAUUUAUCUAUCCGGCCAUUCAGAUGGCCACACAGUCUGGGAAGCAUGUGUAUGUGACCAUCACCAAGGAGAGUGGGGAAAACACUAUACUCCUGUUUAAAUUUAUCAGCACUAAUGCUGCUAGUGGACUUUACCGCGCCGUUACUGAGAUCCACGCCUUCUACAGGUGCGACACAGUGACCAGCACCGUGAUGAUGCAGUACAGUCGGGAUUUUAAGGCGCACCUGGCCUCCCUCUUCCUCAGUGAAAGUGUUGAUGUGGGAAAGAAGUAUAUCUUCGAUGUCCAGCGCACAUCCAAGGAGGCGUAUGACCGAGCUCGACGCACCCUGUUCAAGUCCUCCGGUGUUUCUCCAGCGAGGCGGAUGUCUACAGACGAAGACGAAGGCUCUUGUGAGGGCUGCAGGGAGACGUGUGUGCUACGGGACAAGCUCCAGAGACUACAGGAGGCUCUGACUUGUGCGCUGUGCUGUGACCGGGAGAUCAGUACAGCCUUCUGUCCUUGUGGUCACAUGGUCUGCUGUAAACUCUGCGCUGCCCAGCUUCAGCGCUGUCCAGUGUGUCGUUCGGAGGUUGAUGGUGUUCAGCACGUCUACUUGCCCACUUGUGCCAGUCUGCUGAACCAUGUGGACAUGUGAGGAGUGGACACUGAGACGUGCCUGAAGGUUUGAGAAGCAAUCACAAGACCAGUACAUUCAUUGAUCAGGCGUUCUUCAACUCAGCCAGUGCAGACUGUUUAGCCUGUAGCACAGGCUAGUGAUCUGUGAAGGUGUCCACGUUGUCCUCGUGGAACCUGCUGCUCAGAUCUGUUUGAUGAGAAAUUGGACACCAUGACACUCACAUUUCUUGAUGUUACAUACAAUGCAAUAUUAUUAUUAUUAUUAUUAUUAUUAUUAUUUUCAUCAAAGCGAGAACAUAUUUGUAUUUAUUUGUUUCCUCUUAAAGUCUUCAUUAAUGAAAUAUGAGUCAGUGCAGCAGGUUAAUAUGCAUUUGUAUUACUUGUUUUUUUUAAAAAAAAAACAAAAACACUGAGGUAAACACUCCACGGUUAGCAUUCUUCAUGCAUUUUUAAAUAGUCUUAAAUUUUUAUUUUUUUUUAAAUAUAAAACCAUAUAUAAAAAGCUCAUGUAUUUUUAAUGCCUUAGAAUCUUUCCUUUUUUAUUUAUUUUUUUAUUUUUUUAAACAGUGUUCAGAGAGGAGGUUCUUGUAUAUGCUGCAAUCAUAAAGGAUUUGCUGCAAAACUAAGAAGCGAGUGCGACAGUCAAAGUCUCCAUCUGUGAGAUGCUCAAUAAAACCUACGGCUCAUUUCCUUAUAAAACUGCACUAAUUCCA